AUGACCAGAAGAGCAUCCAACGUGCUUGAAGAGCAUUUAGUCUACAGGCUGACUGCAGAUACUCCAGAACCAAUAAAGCCUGUGGUUUAUAAGCUGCAGAUUCCAGCCUCCCUGCUCUUCACACAUUCCAUGAGUCCUGCGGAAACCUCUGAGGAUCUCCUGCUGGACCAAGAAGACUCAGCACCAGAAGACCUCAGGGACAUCACUUUGGGUGUAUCGGGGGUACGUGACGCGUCGGAGGUGUAUCGGGGGUACGUGACGUGUCUUCCCUUUCAGGGGUACGGUCUGUUUGGACACUGCAUCGUCCUUCUCGUCACCUAUAAUAUCCAUUUCCACUCUCUGUUCUACGUCUUCUGGUUGUGCAUCGGGGGCCUGUCCACACUGCGCAUGGUGGUGGUUUUAUUGUCGCGCACUGUGGGCCAGACGCAGAGACUCAUCCUGUGUGGAUCCAUCGCCGCCCUGCACAUGCUCUUCCUGCUCUACCUGCAUUUUGCUUAUCACAAGGUUGUAGAAGGUAUCCUGGACACGUUGGACGGGCAGAAUGUGGCUCCGCCUUUCCAGAGAGUUGCACGUGACCUCUCAAUGGGCACAGACUCGGUUGUAAACACCACGAGGCACGUCCUGAGCAUCCAGUCCCGCUGAGCGCAGCCUGGCCGCCGCCGCCGCCCUCUUCAGACUUGGCGGUAGAGACGAUGGUUUUAGGAAUGACGCUCCUCUGGGGGGACCUCUCCUCCUCUGUACACACCCAGUCUCAUUGUCUGCAAAGGGUUAACAGAAAAUGUGCUCUUCCCCCAACCCUUAUCACUACAUGUGUGGGAGGCCCCUGUGUCCUGCAUGACCCCCCUCACAGUGUGGGACUCAUUGUGCACUAUGAGAUGGGGCGCCGCUUAUCACUUCUGCCCAGUCUGCUGCCCCUCCCCCGCCAUGUUGGCUUUUCUAGGGUCUAGUGUUGUAGAAGCAGCGGGUGUCACCGUCUGGCGGUAAUUGUCCUGAAAAAAUAAAACUGAUAAAAGGUU